AUGAAGCCGCCGGCGCUGUUCCAAGACGCCUCUCGGCAGCCGCUUCCGUACCAUGUGCUGCAGCAGCAGCAGCAGCAGCAGCAGAGCCAGAGCCAGAGCCAGAGCCAGAGCCAAACCACACAGACAACACCGCAACAGCCACAGGACCCGUUUGUGCCAGGCCGCACGCUGUCCCUGCUGCAGCUCUUCAGCAACCGGGCCACGAGAGGCGCCACGUGGCGCCUCUUCAUCACCCUCUCCCUCACACAGGUGGUGGUCUUCUUUGUCUGCUCCAACGCCAUCCUCGACGAGCUCGAGGACACCGAGGGCGAGCUCUCCAACCUCUGGGACUUCUACGAGCGCAAGGACAUCUCGCAAACUGUCAUGGCCGUGCACAUCGGCCAGUUGAAGCAGCAGCUCCUCAGCGUUGGCGCCAAGCCCGUCUCUGCCCAGCAGGCGCUGACGCUGGCCCAGCACCUCCUCAGCUUUGCCCGUGACAAGGACACCGGCAACUUGAUGAUCUACGUCGACCCGCACAGCCAGAUCUACCGCCUCGUGCCCUUCAGCUACGAGUACGACAUCAAGAAGGUCCCCCGUCUGGAUGCCGCCGUCAACAAGUCCUGGGACGAGUUCAACCGCGGGCCCAAGGAGGUCCCAUAG